AAAACAUCCCCGGGUAUCAUGUACUAUGGCUGUGUUACCACGUACGGUUAAGCAUCAAUAAAUAUCUUUGAGGAACGCCGCUAAUUAAUUUUGCCAUAUCUUAUGAUUCUUCUGAUUGGUCAACUAGUUGUGGGCCAUUUUGGUAAUUGAAUUAGGGACCAAUUACCAUCAGUAAGGGACGAUUAGUAAGUACAACAGCGCAAAACGAGGACCAUAUUAACGUCGGCGAGUGUUCCGCUGGCCAUUUAUCUUGCAACAAGGGAAGUCUAACACUUGAUACGUCAUUCGAAAACGCUACUUACGCCAACUUAAGACUUAAGAGGAGCACACGACUAUAACGUGAAUUUUGAGUGUUUCUUAAAAGAGAUUCAGCUAAGACAUUUUGGUCUCCGUUUAUGACAUCGUUUAUGAAGACUGAAAAGAGCCACAGUUGUUUAUCAUUUCAUAAUAUAUCUUAUAUAAGUAACCUCAGUGUAGUCGGUGACUUUAAAGUACAAGGCAUAUACAUUAAAGGUAAUCGGUUUAAAUGAUGAGAUAAAAUGUCCAGUAGAGCAGAUAGUUCAUCAGAUUCGGAUGAUAGCUUACACGAGCGCUACUCCCCCGUUAAGGUAAUGGCUUUGUCUCAGUUACCACCCCCAAGGAACCCAUCAACCAGCAAACCAGUCACUAGUUUUCUUAUCAGAGACAUCCUUCAUAAAGAUGCUGCAAAGAGCGCCCAAAAACGUAAAGAAUCGAGUGUUUCCUCACACACGCACACUCACGGACCUUUAAGCCCUUUAAAUAGGUUUCAUAGUAGUACUUUACACCAACCACCUCAUAUAAGGGGACCCCCAUCACACGGACACUUUUCACCCCAUAUAGGCCUACAGAUUGUUCGCCCAUGGGAUGCAGCAUCUUCAAGGAAACGAUCUAGUUCAAUAGCUGCUCUUGAUGAUGUUGAUUCAGAAUCAGACAAUAGCGAUAUAGAAAUAGACAUAGUUGGAGACGAAGAAGAAAAACCCAGUCCAAAAGUAAAGACCAAAUCAAAAGUUUCCCCUUUAGAUGCCCUGUUUGAAAUGACAAGUAAAACGUUUGAUGGAAAUGGUACCAAUGCAUUAGCAGAAGGAAACAAGAAAGAGCUCAGUGGAAUGUUUAACAAAUCACAUCCACCUAAAAAACGGAGGAAAGCCAGAACAGCUUUCACAAACCAACAAAUAUAUGAACUUGAAAAACGAUUCCUUUAUCAAAAAUACCUGACACCGGCAGACAGAGACGAGAUUGCGUCAACCUUAGGACUCUCGAACGCCCAGGUUAUCACGUGGUUUCAAAACAGACGCGCGAAAUUAAAACGAGACCUGGAAGAGUUGAAAAAUGAUGUAACUAAUGCAACAACAGUUGAAAGUCCGGGUGCGCAAAAGGAAUUACUAGAAAGUAUGGAGCAUUUACAAGCAGUUAAGACAGGAAUGAAAAAAUAGUUUACUUGAGUAUUUACUUGAGUAAAUUAUCAGACUAUCAGUUGUGCUUCCAAAAAAUUAUUGUAGAUAAUGUCAUAUUUGAGAAUGAGAAGGUUAAGCUACACGUUUAUAAGUGACCUAGCUUGUACGUGAACGUGAAGUAUUAUGACUUGGGAUUACUGUCCCAUUUUCCAUUGGUUUUAUCAGGAACCUGAUUGCAACUAUUUUCUUAUAUACUCAAUCGGGUAAGAAAUUACUACGAAUGAGGAAACUAAUCCUUAAUGGGCCAUAAUUUUACACGCUCACUGACAAGUUUCCUAUCAAACGCA